AGACAAAACAUAACCUUCAAGUUCUUUUGGGCGACAAGGUUUUUCAAAGACCAGCUUGAGAAGCUCCUCGAGACACCGAGACCGGACUGUCUCAUCGCCGACAUGUUCUUCCCUUGGGCUACUGAGAAGUUCCAUGUGCCAAGACUUGUGUUCCACGGCACUGGCUACUUCCCUUUAUGCGCUGAGUAUUGCAUCAGAGUGCAUAAACCACAAAAGACAGUAGCUUCUAGUUGUGAGCCAUUUAUGAUCCCUGAUCUCCCUGGGAAGAUAGUAAUGACUCAAGAAGCGAUCAAAGACCCGACGAAGAAACCGAGAUGGGGAAAUUCGGAUCUGAAGAGCUCAGGUGUAAUUGUGAACUGCUUCUACGAGCUUGAGCCUGAUUACGCAGAUUUCUACAAGAGUGUUGUAGCGAAGAGAGCGUGGCAUAUCGGUCCACUCUCUGUUAUAAACAGAGGAAAUGUGGAGAACGCUGAGAGAGGAAAGAAAGCGAGCAUCGAUGAAGUUGAAUGCCUCAAAUAUCUUGACUCCAAGAAACCGGAUUCAGUCGUUUAUAUUUCCUUUGGGAGUGUGGCUUGCUUCAAGAACGAGCAGCUGAUGGAAAUCGCGGCAGGGUUAGAAGCUUCUGGAACAAGUUUCAUUUGGGUUGUUAGAAAAAACGCAGGACUACCGAUGGUGGCAUGGCUGGUUGGAGCGGAGCAGUUCUACAACGAGAAAUUGGUCACGGAAGUGCUUAGAACAGGAGUUAGCGUGGGAGACGAGAAACAUGUUAGGGUUAUGGGAGAUUUCAUUAGCAGAGAGAAAGUGGAUAAAGCGGUGAGAGAAGUGUUACUUGGGGAAGAGGCGGAGGAGAGGAAGAGACGGGCAAAGAAGCUUGCGGAGAUGGCUAAAGCUGCUGUGGAAGAAGGAGGGUCUUCUUUUAACGAUAUAAGCAUCUUCAUAGAAGAGUUUAGCUCA